UUUUGAAUCCAGCCUUAGUGAACUCAAACUGGCCUCAUAAAUUAUAUUUGUGACGUUACUUUCCUCUUCUUUUCACGCCUCCAGCAAGGGUUUUCGAUCUCAUCAGCGACAUCUCAUCAGGAAAAUAACUUUCAUUCCCGGCAUCUCUCUCUUCGGCAUCUCAUCAGUCUGCUUUUUGUUUGUGAGCUGUGCCCGCCAUUGUGGAUGCGUUUGCUUAUGCAGCCUCAGAAGCUUGUUUGACGGCCUAAGCACAAUCUCAUUCCCGUUCCUACAGUAGCAUUUCCAACAAGGGUGAAGACUCCUUAAGUAUUUCCAGAGGUAUGAUGGUCUCUUAUUAGUUUUUUUUUCCUCCCUUUUCCUUUGAAAAAUUGUCUAGAAUUACUGGUGUAGAUUCUUGAAGUUGGAUUUGAAUGAAUUUUUGUGGGUUGCUUUUGUUUUAGUUUGUUCUUACCUGAUUAGGGUUAAAUCUGAUUUGAUUGAUGCUAAUGAAUUAAUUUGGCUGCUGAGUUUUGGGGGUUUUAUGAUUCUUGGAAUCAGAAUCCCGGUAGGGUAGGGUAGGGUAGGGUAGUGUUUUUCUUACAGUCUGGUGAGACCAUUUGUAAAUAGUUGACAAAAUCUGAUUAGGGAGGAAAACAGUUUGCUUGUGUUCAUCCCAGAGAGCAAAGAAUCUCCCAGCGUUGCAGUUAACAAGCUAUCAUGAUAUUCUUGUUUUUCGUGAAUCAUAACAGAUCCUAUAAUGUCUGACUAUAUUCGUCCUACUUAAAAUUCUAUAUUUGAAGAAUGAGUUCAGUUCUAUUGAAAUGUGUCAUCACAAGUAGAACCAGCUCAAGCCAAUAGGGCUAAGCCUGUGCCCCAAGCUCCAACAUAAGCACAUAAUUGAUUUCGUUUGCUGUCUUUCCUGUAAACUGAAGUGGACCUGUAUAGAUGUUUAAUCAGAAAGAAAAGCCACAGAUCACUUCGGGACAUAGUAUUUGCAUGUUCAUGCAGAUUUCGUGCAACAUUUGUACAGACAGUUGCACUCUCCUAUUUUAAUGUCAGAUUUCAGCAGCAAGAUUGUUUUACCAAUCCUGUCCACUUUUUAACGUGAUUCAUUGGAAGGGGUUUUCUGGGAAAAAGUAAUGAAGUAGCUAACAGAAGUUUUAGGAGACUACACAAUCAUAUUGUUUCUUUUCCUCUGUCUCGGGUGCUGAAACAGCUGAACUAUGAACACAAGCAAACUUUCUUUUCCUAUGUCCUUUAUAUACUCUUAUACUUCUUGGGCCCGCCCACAUUGAAGGAGAACAUUAACUGCUAUUGGUAUAACCUGCAUCACUCUGCAUUUGAGACCCCUGCAUCACUCUGGCUUUUUCUGGUACACUACUAAUAGUCUACUGCUACGUGAAUUAAAUGUUUAUUACCCAAACAAGUAAUCUUAUUGGCGUCAUGGUUUUGGGCGGCAGUUGGAUUUCUGUUGUGAAUUUCUGUUCAAGUAAUCGUACUCCUUCUUACACAUUCGCUAAGGUAUUCCAUUGGUAUUAUCAGACUAUUUACUAGUUUGAAUCUUACUGUUACUGCUCUUGAUAUUGUGGCUGCGAUUCCUCAUCAAGUGUUUAAAACAUAUUUUGAUACUUUUAUUGAGUUUCCAAAUUUGAGUAGCGAUGGGUAAGAAGAAGAAUUCAUCCACAGCAGCAGCAGCGGCAAUAUCUUCACAGCCACACUUGCAGCAGGCUCCUUCAGGAACAAUGAGAGAAGAAUCUAGCGGAAAGAAACAGAGCAGCGUAAAUCCCAAGUCCAUGUUGAAAUUGGACCACCUUAAAAACCUCGCUAUCUGGGCUACUGCCGAAGCUUCCGUAUCUUCACUAGGUGCUUUUUUCGGCUACCGCUUGGCUGCCACUGCUGAAGCCUUGGGUGUUCCUCCUGACCCUUCAUUGUUCUCCUGCCAGAGGUGUGAAUCUAUUCUUCAACCUGGCUAUAAUUGUACGGUUCGGAUUGAGAAGAUAAAACCAAAUCCAAAGCGAAGGCGCAAGAAACGUAGUCUUUCGAUUGAAAAUAGUGUGGUUUACAGCUGCCACUUUUGUUCACAUAGAAACUUGAAGAGAGGAACCCCGAAAGGCUGCAUGAAAGAGUUGUGUCCAUCGAAGCCCAAAGUCUCUUCAAAAUCAGAUCCUACUAAAUCAAGUCAUCCAAAGUUUGCCAAAGCAAAGGUCAUUACAGCAAGCAAAAAUGAUCCCAUGUCCAAGGUGGAUGGAAUUGCUUCACAAGAAAUAAUUAACAAGGAUCCUGUGAAUGACAGUUCUACAACUCCCUCGGCUAAAGUUGGGACUUUGUUGGAUACAAGAAAGAGGAAAAGGACUAGAUCAGGAUCCAAGAAAAUUGUUGAAUCAGAAAGCAGUUCUGUUCCUGUUGAUGCAAAGAAAGCUUCCAUACCAUCAAGCAAGCGGAAGAGAAAAUCUUGGACUAGUUUAAAGGAAAUUGCUGAGCGUAGUGACCAGGAUGGUAGCCGUAACUUCACUAACUUAGCAAUCCCAUUUCGUAUAUAAUAAAAAUGUAAAUUGGUAUGGAGAUGAGAGUAGUAAAAGACAUCCAAUGUCUGGACCCGUAUGGCUGUAUGCAUAGCUCAAGUCUUCAAUGUGACCGAUAGAAAGCAUCUGAAUUAAAAAUUCAUGGUUGGAAACAUGCACUAUUGUCCUUUUUGUCAUUUCAUUAUAAAUUCUCUUUAUCUUUUUCUCAUAUUAAGAUACAUGCCAUGAGCACAAAGCUUGACAAAAAUGGAUUUAGUUACUUCAUCCUACUUGCAAAGGACCUAAGUGAUAUACUCUAAUGAUCUCUCCGAUAACUAAGAAGAUGUACCAGGCAAGUUACAAAUUCGAUGAAAGAAACACCCUUCCACCUUUCUCUCAAUUCUAAUUCUCCAAUAGUGGACCUGAGAACAACCAUUUUCACAAAUAACAAAAACUUUUCAUGUUAACAUAGAAUUAUAGUGAAUUUUAUGGUAAAUUUAGGAGAAAUUUGGAGAAAAUAAGACUCUUUUUCGAUUUUUCAUAUGGAACAAUCUUUUCUUGGCUUAGAUCUCUGAGGUGAUAUAUGGUUGCAACUCGCAAAUCUGGAGUGAAUAU